CCAUUCUAAAAACCUGUUUGUUUGCUGUAGCGUCUGCUGAUUGUUCAAAUAUUUUUCGGCUAUAAGUUGAUCAAAUCUGUUCUCGCCAGUGCUGCGAAGCCGACUAUGGCGAACUCAUACCAGAUCUCCAAAAUGGCGAUCUCCUCAGUUUUACUUGCCUGCAUUCCCCUAAUUUUAAGUCCCGCAUUCGCCGUGGAUAGCAAGAACAACCCGGCGGACCAACUGGUUGCAGUGAUCAAUGCAAACCGGACCGCCGGCAAGUCUCCAAAGCUCUUCGACAACCCUGGACUUGGCUGCAUUGCACUGCAGUACAUAAAAGCCUAUGAAGGCCAAUGCAGCGAAGUCGGUGACAUGAAAAAGCCUCCGGAUUCCGACUUCGCCGACACCUUUGCUCCCAACUGUGGUGUCCAAGCCCAGACCCUCACUCCCAUCACCGGCCGCUUUCUUGGCUGCCAGUCCACAUAUGUUAGUCCUGAGGAAGCCUUCUCCAGUUUUCUCAUCCAGAAUUCACAGGGUCUUAAGAUACUCCAUGGUAAGAAUCACACUGAGGUUGGUGCAGCUGUAAGUGGCACUGACGGCGGUUCGCCGUACUUUUGGUGUGUUCUGUUUAGCAAUGGGAAGAAGAACAGUAGCUUUGCCUUUGAGAAUGGUCAGGCGAAGUCGGUUCACCCUGGUUGCUUCAGCGGGAACGACGAUGAUUGUAGUUUUGCAAUAAGGUUUGCAGUCCAUGGCGGUGGGAUCUGGCCAAUGCUUGCUCUGGUUUUCCUUGGAGCGGUUUAUGUUCUUUGAUUGGGUUUGUGAGAAAAGUGUCAAAAUAGUUUUAACGCUUUUUGGAGGUUCAUUUUAGAGUCCCAGCGUCUCUAAAAGUGUCAUAUUAGUUCUCACAAUAGUCCCCAUUAAAAAAGUAGGGACUAAUUUGUCAUUUUUAUAGACUCUAAGACUAAAAUGCCCUCAAAUAGAUGGUCCGUUUAUUAUUUUGGCACUUUUUGGGCUUAUUACUAUUACUUUGGGGGAUUUACAUAAUAUAUUAUAUUCAUAUAUCCAACAAUUAAAUUUUUAUAUUUAUUUAUAUAACAUCUUGAUCUCUAA